AUUUCAGCACAGCAGAAGCUCAUACAGGAUUAACCUUUUCACUGACCUACCGUCCAGUCUGCUUUUGUUUAUUUCUACGGCUGUUUUUGUUGCUGCUCACAUGGAGACUGGAUUUACUUGACCCACAACAUGAUCUUCAUUUCUUACACCUGCCUCUUCAGUAAAUAGUCCAGACGAUAUCGAGAUAUUUAACCUCUAAUCCGGGUCAGCGGUUUUCUUUUUACUGAUGGCUGGAUUCUUCCAGCAGCUACGACUCCUUCUUUGGAAAAAUUUCCUGGGGGUCAUCAGGCAGCCGGUCUGGUCUCUGGUUCUCCUCCUCUGGCCUGUGGUGAUCUUCAUCAUAUUAGCCAUCACUCGCAUACAGUUUCCUCCCCUACUCAGAGACACAUGCUAUGCCGCCCCAAAGAACCUCCCGAGCGCAGGGUUCUUUCCCUUCCUGCAGACUCUCAUGUGUAAUACUGACAGCUCCUGCUCAAGUACAUCCUACCUCUCGGACUCUAGCAAAAAGGGCCUACGGCAACGAAGGGACGUGGACACGCACAGUUUUCCACUGCUACCUCAUGGAUUAUUACCCUCUUUAUCUGACCUUGAGAAAUUUCAUUUGGUCCAUACAAUCAUGAAGAGAGACACAACCAACAGCACACAGAUGCUACAGCAAUGGGAUUCAUGGCUAAAUACCAGCAUGGAGGCCUCAUCAAACCUCAGCAUGUCCAUCUUGAAUGCCAUCAACUACACCAUAACCGACAACCAGGAUAUUUUGGACCCCUUCCUGGACACAUCGGACAUCCUGAAAACAGCAUUCUGCAAUAUCUCCAUGUCAGUGCUGUCCAAAUACGAUCACGACCACUCAGCAUUGGAGGAUUUCUGCUUGUCUAAUGAUACAGCACUGGCAUUUUCUCUCUCAACGCUAAAACAGCUAAUUGCACAGUUCGUGCUCCAAGAUCCACUGAAGGUUAUCAUGGCAGUUGAGAUGUCUGUGGAAACGAUUGACAAGCUUCAGACACAACUGCCGCUGUGGGACUUCCUGUUGGGGUUGCCAGAGAGCUUUCUAAAAGCCACAGAUCAAGAGACGAUUGUGGUUGUAGCUGAGAACCUGAUGGGGAUGAAAAAGGCCUGGGACUCCAUUCAAAGCAGCUUCCAGACAGCUAACACUUCUAUGGACAUGCUGGACCCCGUCAUUGAUGAAAGCAUUGAGCUCCUGAACUACCUCCAGACCUGGGAAGGCAGAAAUGUUAACAUCUCCUUGGGUGACAUACUGACACCAUCCAACAUGUCUUUAAUUACCUCUGAAAAUGCCUCACGGAUCCAUGACUUGCAGAUUCCUCUGGAUAAGGUACUUGUAUUGUUCAAUAGAGAUGCCUUCUUGGAGUUCAUGUGCAUCAACAGGUCUUUCUGUGAUAGCCAGCAGGUUGACAUGAUAUAUGAAUGGAUAGACCAAGAGAAAGUAGCUCUGCAGAUGCUGUUGGUCUGGAGUCAGUCUACAAAUUCUCCAGAAGAUCUUGCCUUCGCUAAAAACUUUCUGAGUAAAUUGUUCGGAGGCUUUUCCUGGCCGGGAUCUAAUACAGGCUUCAACAGAAGUGACGGACAGCCAGAGACAAUCCAGGAACAACUAUUCCUAUUUGUUGGUAAUACAGUAAUGGACAUGCUCAGUGGAACGGCAGGCUGGGAUUACAUUCAAACUCUAUUCAUGGGAGCUCAUUCAGCCAUGCAGUUUGCCACAGCAGUAAUAGAGACAGAACUUGCUCAUAUCAAUCCACUGCUGAACAGUCAAGAGAAUCUCCAGGUGACCAUCGCGUCCUUCAUACAGAAUCAAACCAUAAUGGAUGAGGGACCCUGGCUGGGUGUAAGGGAGAAGCUGAAUCAUUUAUCCAGUGUGUUCAACGGCACUUUAGUCUACAAUGUCACACCCGGUGUGAUCCUGACUGAAUGGCACAGAUUAUACAGCACUUCAAUAGAGUUCAGUGAUGUCCUUGAGAACAUUGUUGAGCUCAUCCAAGGCAAACUUUUCAGUCAAAUACCACAGAACUCCACUGUAGACUGGACUGAGAUUCUCCUAAACAGUGCUUUGGAGGACUUUGCAAUGAUGGGGUCAGCAGUUCAGAACAGCAGCCACUGGUCAACCAUGGAGCCGUACUUCCAACUGGCAUACUGGAUCAUGGCCUACCAACCUAAUGUCACUGCACCACCAAACUGCACUUUUACCCCAAAUGCUACUAUCUGUGAUACUGGAUUUACAUGGGAUAAGUUUAUUCCAUUGGCUGGAUCUCUACAUCAGGAAAUCCAUGAGAAUCCAGCAGCUCUUCUGAGACCAAUCCAGGGUGCAGUGUCCCUGUUUAAAGGCAUCAUAAUGGACACCUAUAUGAAUCAUCUACAGGAGUUUCUCAACACCACUGAAGCGGAUCUUGCUGGGGCAGUACCGCAAAACCUCUCAUUGCACCUCACUGAUUUGGUCAACCACAACCUACCACUUAUUUCGAAUAUCACUGUCAUGGAAGAGUUAGGUGAAGAUAUUUUGCUUGCCAUGUUGAAUGACACAUUGGAAGCCUUUGGCCUGGGACAGUUAGGGGUUUUAUGGUCAGGGGAUUUGAAGUACAAUGAACCCAACUCUGUAGUUAUGAAUAUCCUCCAACUGUUGAGCCCAGAGUCCAUUCAGACAUUUAACAAUGAAGGACACUUUGCAGUUCUGUUUGCCAUCUUGCAUGAACUUGGAGAACGUUUGGCCCCUGAGCAGCAGAUCCAACUGGAAGGUGUUCUCAACAAUACAAAUGCUCUGUUUGAAGAUCUAGCAUUGUGCACUGCUAAUGGCCAAGACUGCUUGUCUGAUGUUUCACAGCUAUUCCAGAUACUAUCUUUACUUGAUGAAAUGAUACCAGCGGGAGAUGGCAAUUUCUCCAUGGGGCCAAUUGAGAGCAAUAUGACUUGGUCUGUUGCUAGUCAUAUUCUUUCCCUUCUCCUGCCAUGGAACAUGUCACAGCCUUCUUCAUGGACAAUGGACAACGUCAGUGAGAUCAUCAAUCUCCUUGAGCAGUUAUCCGCUUCAUCAAAUCUCAGCAUUAGCGCUAUUCAAGAAGAACUUGAAGCCUUAAAUAUUACAAAUUUAGGACAAUUUAUAAAUCUAUCGGAAGCUUCUUCUCUAUCUCUGCUACUUUCAAAGCUCAUGGAGCAUGGCAACAUGUCACAAUGCCUAAAUCCUCUGCUUAAUGACUCAGCAUCUUAUAUUGGUUCCACAGCGCCAAAAUGCACAGUCCAGAUUAUUGAGGGGUUAAUUGAUUUUCUUCAGGGCAUACCCAUGCUUAAUGGCUUACAUGCAAAUCUUACAUUCAUACUCAAUAUGGUACUUGAUGAAGCAAUAGAGCUACGUAACAUCUCUAGCCUAGAAAGUGAGCUGCCUGAACUGACAGAAAAACUCUUGUUGGCAUUCUCAAAGAACCCUAAACUCAAUACUGUAGUUAUAAACAUCAUCCAGCUGUUGAGCCCAGAGUCAAUUCAGCUGCUUUACAAUGAGGGGAAAUUUGCAGUGCUGGGUGCCAUCUUGAGUGAACUUGGAGAACUCUUUGCAGAUGCAAAGCAAAUUAAUUUGGAAGGGUUUCUCAAUCAGACGCAUGCUCUAUUUGAGCAGUUGGAAUUGUGUGCAGAGAGUGGUCAGGACUGUCUGUCUGGAGUAUCACAGAUUUUUCAAACACUAUGUUUACUUGAUGAAAUGAUACCAGCAGGUGAAUAUGGCAAUUUCUCCAUGAGGCAAAUUGAGAGCAAUAUGACUUUGCCAGUUGCUGGUCACAUUCUUUCCCUUUUCCUAUCAUGGAACAUGUCAGAAUCGUCUAACCAUACAAUGGACAAUGUUAGCAAGAUACUUCAUCUUCUUGAACAUUUGUCUGGCUUACCCAAUCUCAAUAUUAGUACUAUUCAGGAAGCCCACCAAGCCCAAGCCUUAAACUGCACAGAUUUUGAUUUAGAACAAUAUUCAUUAUCUCUGCUCCUUUCAAAGCUCAAGGAGCUUGUCAACAUCUCACAAUGCCUGGACCCAACACCUCAUAACAGUUCGAUGCUACCAGAAUGCAACAUGCAGAUUAUUGAGGGGGCAUUUGAUUUUCUUCAGGCCAUACCCCUGUUAGAAGACUGCAGUAUAAAUCUUACAUCAAUACUUCAUAUGGUAUUCGAUGAAGCAAUGGAUCUACGGAACAUCUCUAGUCUAGAAAGUGAUCUACCCGAAGUGACAGAAGAACUCUUGUUAGCAUUUUCAAACAAUACUCAAGUCAACACUGUGGUUAUGAACAUCAUCCAAAUGUUGAGUCCAAAGUCAAUUCAUAUGCUUUACAGUGAGGGGAAAUUUGCAGUGCUGGGUGCUAUCUUGGGUGAACUUGGAGAACUCUUUGCAGAUGAAACGCAAAUCAAUUUGGAAGCUUUUCUCAAUCAGACGCAUGCUCUAUUUGAGCAAUUGGCAUUGUGCACAGAGAGUGAUCAGGACUGUCUGUCUGGAGUGUCACAGAUUUUUCAAACACUAUGUUUACUUGAUGAAAUGAUACCAGCAGGUGAAUAUGGCAAUUUCUCCAUGAGGCCAAUUGAGAGCAAUAUGACUUUGUCUGUUGCUGGGCACAUUCUUUCCCUUUUCCUAUCAUGGAACAAAUCAGAAUCUUCUAACUAUACAAUGAACAAUAUUAGCGAGAUCCUUCAUCUCCUUGAACAGUUGUCUGACUUACCCAAUCUCAACAUUAGUACUAUUCAGGAAGCCCACCAAGCCUUAAACUGCACAGAUUUUGAUUUAGAACAAUAUUCAUUAUCUCUGCUCCUUUCGCAGCUCAUGGAACUUGUCAACAUCUCACAAUGCCUGGAUCCUCUGCUUCAGGACCCAACAUCUCAUAACGGUUCAAUGCUGCCAGAGUGUAACAUGCAGAUUAUUAUGGGGGUAUUUAAUUUUCUUCAGGCCAUGCCCAUGUUAGGAGACUGCAGUAUAAAUCUUACAUCAAUACUUAAUAUGGUAUUUGAUGAAGCAAUGGAUCUACGGAACAUCUCUAGUCUAGAACGUGAUCUGCCUGAAGUGGCAGAAGAACUCUUGUUAGCGUUCUCAAACAACCCUCAAAUCAACACUGUGGUUAUGAACAUCAUCCAACUGUUAAGCCCAAAGUCCAUUCAGAUGCUUCACAGUGAGAGUAAAUUUGCUGUGCUCGGUGCCAUCUUGCAUGAACUUGGAGAACACUUUGCAGAUGAGAAGCAAAUCAAUUUAGAAGGAUUUCUUAAUCAGACACAUGCUCUAUUUGAGCAAUUGGCAUUGUGUGCCGAGAGUGAUCAGGACUGUCUCACUGGAGUGUCACAGAUUUUUGAAACACUAUGUUCACUUGAUGAAAUGAUACUAGUGGAAGAAGGUGGUAAUUUCUCCAUGACUCCAAUUGAGAGCAAUAUGACUUUGUCUGUUGCUGGUCACAUUCUUUCCCUUUUCCUAUCAUGGAACAAAUCAGAAUCUUCUAACUAUACAAUGAACAACAUUAGCAACAUCCUUCAUCUCUUUGAACAGCUCUCUGGCUUACCCAAUCCCAACAUUAGUACCAUUCAGGAAGCCCACCAAGCAAUAAACUGCACAGAUUUUGAUUUAGAGAAAUAUUCAUUAUCUCUGCUACUUUUAAAGCUCAAGGAGCUUGUCAACAUCUCACAAUGCCUGGAUCCUCUGCCCCAGGACCCAACAUCUUAUAACGGUUCACUGCUGCCAGAGUGUAACAUGCAGAUUAUUAUGGGGGUAUUUGAUUUUCUUCAGGCCAUACCCAUGUUAGAAGACUGCAGUACAAACCUUACAUUGAUAUUUAAAAUGAUAUUUGAUGAAGCACUGGAGAUACAGAACAUCUCUAGUCUAAAAAGUGAGCUGCCUGGACUGACUGAAAAACUCUUGUUGGCGUUCUCUAAUAAUACUCAAGUCAACACUGUGGUAAUAAACAUCAUUCAAAUGUUGAGCCCAAAGUCCAUUCACAUGCUUCAAACUGAGGGAAAUUUUUCAGUGAUGGAUACUGUCUUGCGUGAACUUGGGGAACUCUUGGGUGGUGAGCAGCAAAUCAAUUUAGAAGGCUUUCUCAAUCAGACACAUGCUUUAUUUGAAGAGUUGACAUUGUGUGCACAGAGUGGCCAGACCUGUCUGUCUGAAGUGUCAGAAAUUUUCCAGGUACUCUCUUUACUUGAUGAAAUGAUCGUAGAAGAAGAACUCGGCAAUUUCACCAUGUUGCCUAUUCAGAACAAUAUGACUUUGUCUGUUGUGGGUCACAUUCUUUCCCUUCUACUACCAUGGAACAUGUCAGAACUUUCUAAAUAUCCAAUGUCCAAUGUCAGUGAGAUCAUCCAUAUCCUCGAGCAAUUAUUUUCUUCACCAAACUUAAGCAUUAACAGCAUUCGAGAAGGCCUCCAAGCUUUAAAUCUGACUGGUUUUGAUUUUGAACAAUUUACAAAUUUGUCAGAGAUCUCUUCCUUAUCUUUGCCACUUUCAAAACUUAUGGACUUUUCUACCACCUCACAGUGCCUGAACCAUCUUCCUCAGGAUCCUAAAUUCAAUACAACCUCGACAGUGCCAGAAUGCACAAUGGAAAUUAUUGAGGGAUUAAUCGAUUUACUUCAGGCCAUACCUAUGUAUGAAGGCUUCAAGACUAAUCUUACAUCUACUUUAAAUAUAAUAUAUGAUGAAGCAAUGACAUUAAGGAACAUUUCUAACCAACAGUCUGAUCCACUUGAAGUCACAGAGGAAGUCUUAGGGAAAAUUCUGGAAAGUAUCAGAAUGAAACUAGAAAAUCUAAAUGUGGAAAAUGUGUCCCUGAUUGAAAUGGACCUCGAUACCCUGAAGGGACUUUUGAAGGUAGUGUUUGAUGAUGAAUACCGCUAUCCUUACUACAUGAUCAAUACUACACUGAUGACACAGCAGUCCUAUGCCCAGAAGAUGUAUACUGACAUCAUCUUGUGGUACCUACAAAAUCUGGAGAAUGCCACCAAUGACAGUAUGUUCAGUGAGAUUUUUGAACGAUUUAUCAUCAUGACAGAAAAGAUGGCCACAGCCAGCGCUGCUCAAUCAAAUUUCUCCACACUGGUGUCCAAUCAGAUCCAAGAUUUAAUUGGUCAUGUUCAACCUCCAUUAAACAGUGAAGAUCUGAGUGUCAUACGUAAUGCAAUAGUAUCUAUAAUGGAAGGCCACGUACAGUUGAUAAGGGUGAACCUUGAUUUCCAACAGACCUUGUACGAUUUCUUGGGGUUACAAACUAACAUGAGUUUUCCUGCUGAUGUUGAAGCCGAGAUCCAAAACUACUUCAACUUGAUGGAAAAUUGGAUCAUGAACCCACAACUCAUGCUCGUCUUUAGCCAAAUAUUAGGGUGGAACAAAACUUUAACUGAUUUCAGAACUCCAGCUAUGGACCUUGAACAAAUGAUUCAGGCCUUGGCUCCAAUGCUUUCACCAGAGGAACAGGUAUAUAUCAACAAAACUGAGCAAAUCUUACAGCCUCUGAACUAUAUCUUGGAGCUAGGCCAAACAGACAAUGGUCUCCAGAGUGAAAACUUUACUGAAGCCAUCAUGGACACUAUAAGAAUGAUGUUGGAGAAUGUAUUCAAUUACGCUAAUACAACAUACACAGAUGAAAAUGUUGCUGAUGUUUUCUACAACUUAAUUCAACUGCUGCAGAACCCUAAUAUCAGCAAACCUCAGGAGCAUAUGACAGAAAUUGUGGGUGUGAUAGAAAGCUUCAUCGGUAGCUUUGAUCCAGAUUUGGCUGAAGCGCUGUCUCCUAACAUACAGAACCUCAUAACAUAUGUAAACACGUUCUCGAGCCCAGGUGGACCUCCCCAGUGGCAUGAAGUCAUUGUGGACAUAAUGGAGGAAAUCCAGAACUCUCUUCCCUCCAAUAGCACUGCCAAACCCUACAUAUCCUCCAUACUGAAUAUCACAAACUACAUUCUUGGCAACAAGCGAGAAAACACAAGUUUGUGGGCCAGCAUAGCAGAACUAAAUCUCGACAACCUGGAUAAUGUCACACAACAGCUUCCCGAUCUCAUGGAUUUCAUUCUCCCUCUCCUCACUGACCACCAGGGAAUGGGUUUGACCCCUGAAUCUAUUAGUGCUUUAACAGAAUAUGUCCCAAUACUCCUCCAGAUCUUCUCAGGAGCACCUGACCAGCUCAUGUUUCAGAGACUGGAAAAUGUGACGACUGCGCUUCUGUCAAACCUGAUGAGCACACCAGCAGGGGACACUCUAUAUAUCGGCCUGGAUAUCAUCAGAAAUGUCACAGCGUCCAUGGUGCAAAAUGUACAAGGUCAAACCGAGCUCUACUCCAGCCUGUCAGUUUUGUUGUCAGAUGUUUUUGCUGCUGUGAACUCCACCGAUGUUCCUCUCCUCAAUGACGCACUGCUACAGGCUUUACAGUCCUCUAUAGAUGUCGCAUUUCAGGCUCCUGAAAGCUGCAACAUGCUGAAUUGCACUGAAGUGAGUAACAUCUGGGAGCGGGUGACUGAGGCAGGAGGGCUGAACAUCAGUCUGUUUACAUCCUGGCAUCACAAUUAUCUCCUUCCAUUACUCAAAAUGAACAACACCUACCAGUAUCAUCCAGCAGUCUUUAAUACAACAGAUGUGGAUCCUCAGUGGGUUGAUGCUACAGUUGCGGAGAUCGUGAGCUCACUAGAGGCGUUUCACUCAGCCAGUUUUAAUGAGUCUCUGGCCAUGCAACAUCUGUCACAAAGCCUGGUGGAGUACUUCAACCAGUCUUUCUCAGCAGCAGGAAAUCUAUCUGACUGGAGUGACCUGCUCUCCCAGCUACAGAGCCUAUCUUUUGGCCAAGAUGCCUGGGAAAAUGCCAUUUUGCAUCUAAAUCAAUUAGGCUGGAGUCAAUACGUUCUCGCAGCGCAGAAAGCCGUUGACUACAGCCUGGAGUAUCAAAAUGUAACAGCAAGCCCUAAGAUGGUCCUAAAUGCCCUGAAUGUGGUGCUUACUGCAAUGAACUUUAGCAGCGAGCAAAUAGAUGGUUUUCUGAAUAAUGACAUAUUCAUUACACCCGAAAACCUUUCCCAUGAGAUUCUCAUAAAGGAGUUGAUACGCAAUAUCAUUGAUAUGAGACUUUUUGGAAACUGGUCGAUGAUCUAUGAUGUAAUGGAGCAACUGGUGUAUAUAGAGAACACAAGUAACAUCAUGGCAUCAGUGAGUGAACUAGUCAGCUGGUACAACACCACAGAAGACACUGGAUUGUAUUUUGGCAUUGAGAUGCUCACCAAAUUGUAUAACAUGCUAAGACCUUUGGUGUCAGCUUCAAACCCUCAACCAAGCUGCUCUGACCUCUUUAUUGAUCUUGCCGGCAAUGUUCUGUAUGCAUUGCAACAUAUUACUGGCCCUAACAACCUGUUUUCCCCCAUCAACGACUAUCUCAAUCCAAUCCAAAUGAAACUUGCUCAGGGAGACAAUCUAAGGGAUAUUGUGUCAGCAACCCAAAAUGCCAGAAGACCAAUGACAAAUUUGACCAGAGAACCAGUCGAUGACUUUCUUGACCUCCUGGAGAUCAACUACCAAAUCUUGUCUCAAAUCCUUUCCAUGCCACUCAGCUCUGAAGAAAUGUUGGAUACCAUGCAUGUUUUGUUUUCACACCCAGACCUGAGCAUCUUCCUCAAGGGUGUAUCCAGGGAUAUGACAGGAAGUUCAAGUCAAGAUGAAACCAUUGACACAAUCCUUGGUAUGUUAGCUAAUUUUACACUUCCGAGCAAUGGACAUUUAUUUAAGCAGAUAAUCAUGCAGACCAUGAGUCAGGGCUGGAGUCCGAGUGAUGUGCAGCUGGUAGAAAGCUUGGGAGGAAUUGUCGGAAUGGUAAGGAUGUUUUCGCAGCAGCCUUCUUUGGAUAUAGCGCAAAUGGUUGAAAAGAUGGCCAAUCAGCUCACUUCUGCAGCAUCAUACACCAUGGCAAACAAAGGUAACCGUAGUGACAUCAUCUCAGCCAUCAAUGAUAUUCUAUCACAAAAUUUGCCCCAGAUGCUAAACACCAGCCUCAAGCACCAGUCAAUCAUUCAAAGCUUAAUCGGCUCUGUAUCAUCAAUGUCACAAUCCCAGAUCGACUUUGGAACCUAUAUGAUGGCGAUAAACCAAACUACUGACUCCUUUGCCUCACUUGUACCUCCUGAGGACAUGGUGUUCUUCAACAUUUCAGCACAGAUAAUGGAAGCUUUUGCAUUGCUCAUGUCAUAUCCAACAGAUCUGGAAAAAGUGGUGAUGUCGAGUAACAAGAUAGCUGAUUCAUUGGCUCUUGGCUUCAGCCAUGCUGAUAACACCACCUAUUCAAAUGGUCAAUCUAUCAAAGAGAUUGCUUACCCUUUCAUCCUGCACAGUGCCUUGGCCACUGAAAUUUUGUUCAAUCUCUCUGCUUCUAACAACAGUUUCAGCAAUGAUUCGGAACGAAGAAUGGUCUUGACCCACAUGAUGUCAAGUCUUCCGGUGAGAGUCCAAGAUGACAUCCAUCCUCUCAUGUCUUCUCUCCUUUUAGCUCUUUCAAAUGUCUCAGACACGGCUCAGAUCAGACCAGCUUUCUUUGAAAUCUACCAGAAUGUCACUUUGUAUCUUUUAAAAUCCCAGAACCUAACAGAAGAUCCCAUGUCCAUGGGAGUGUAUUCGGUCCUGUCCACUGUUUCAAACAAGGUGUCCACUUGUCUCAGCAGGGGCCUAAUGGAAAAUUCUUCCACCAGUGAUCUUCCAUACAUGCUCGACUCUCUACGAGCAAUCAAAUCUUCAUUGUCUUCAGAACUACCUUUAGGAGAGCAGCAACACCCUGAUGUCAUUUUUACCUUCAUGGAGACAAUGGCCUUAGCUUUAAACCACACCAUCACCACUAAAGAUCUGGCAGGCGGAAUGGAUAUGCUUUUCAGCUCUGUCCAAAGCCUCUUAGAGACAAUCGCAAAUAACAACACCAAUACCUCAUUUGGCAUUAUGAGUAACCUGGAAAAUACUCUUCUGAUGGUUCUGUCAUCACAUCAAGACCCAUCAAGUCAGAGUGUUAACACGACUCAGGAGAUCCUGACCACCAUUCGGAAUUUGCUUGCCAUGGGUAACAGCAGCUCUGAGAUAGAUUUGGCAACUGUGAUCCUUGGGGCCAUUGGGAUGAACGCUGGGUCUCUUAUGACAAAUGACAGUAACUGGACUCAGAGAUUGCAAACGGUGCUGUUAUCUAUCUCUAGCAUCCUUCCAGCUGACCUUCAGUUUGGUCCAUUCAACAGAACAAUCUUUGAAAGUUUGGCCAAUGAGCCCCCAGAAAAUGUGAACGUCCUGCUUCAGACAGCAAGCACAGUUUCUGAACUUUUCUCAACCAGCUGGAUGAACGAAAGCUUCGGGGAUCUGCUGGAUGAAAUGCAGACGCAGGUGUGCAUUUUGGAGAACAUGGACUCUGUUCAGAUGAUCAUCCAGGCUCUGUCCCUGAGCCCAGGCUUGCUGUGUCACACGGCUGUGCACAGCAUCCGCGCUGUCCACGUCAUCACCUCCAACCUGGUGAACGAGUCUACCACCCUGUACGAGCUGCUUUACCAGAACUUAGUCGGAGACCCCAGCACUUACAACCUCAAAAUGGACUGGUCUGGAGUCUUGUCCAACCUGAUUGGCAUCGAUAUCAAAUCUUUACCCACUUUCAACGUCAACCAGACCGCUCCAAGUGAACUGAAGGUGUCUGACCUUUUGAAGAACCAGACCCUGUUUGCAACUGAAGUCAUCCGGUACACCAGGAUUCCACCUCAAGUCCUAAACUCUCUGCUGCAGUCUUCGCUCCCCCAGAGCAACCUGCAGAUCUUGUCUCUCAUAAAGAAUCUGCAUCAGUGUGCGAAUCUGGCAUCCCUGCACCUCGAUCCAUCAGUGUUUCAGAUCUUCAGUUCUCUUUGCUCGCUCUCGACUCAAGAGUGGUACAGCCUGGCGGUUCUCACAGCUCAGCACGCCAGCAUGGAGAACAUCAUGUAUAAGAUGCUGCUGUCCAAUGAAAUCCAGGGACUGUUUGAUGUGCUCAUGGGCAUGGUGAAGUUUUUCAUGGACAUGAUGAGUAAGCUGACUCCCACUCUGAGCCGGCUGGAGGAAUAUUUCACAUCUUUCGCAGACACACAGGUGGCGUCCUACUCGGACCUCAGUAAUUUGGUGAGAGGGAAACGCUCUGUGACGUCGCCCCGGACCACGUUUGUCAGUAUCUCCCGAGCCUUGUGUCAAAGCGGCAUGAUGUCACUCUUCGGGAUCUCGCAGCUUCCCAGCAUGGGCGAGGGGAAUCCGUCUCUCCAGGACCCGAAAAAAGUCGAGGACCUCAUGACCAAGUUCAAAAUCCCACAGGACACCACUCCAUUCUGUAAAAACAUCUUCCUAGACAUGGUGAGCACCACAGGGGGCGCUGUAGCCUGGGCCUUCCUCAAGCCCAUGCUCUUGGGACAAGUGCUGUAUUACCCUGACACACCGCUCACCCAGACCAUUGUUCAGAAGUCGAACAUCACGCUGCAGCAGUUCGGAGACCUGCGUGUCCACGCUGGAGAGUGGCUGCAGGCCUCGCCGUACCUCAUGCAGUCCGCGCAGCUCCUCAAUGAAACCCUGCCCAUGCUGAAGAAUUCUAUCAGCAAUCCUUUCGUCCAAAACUUUAUAAAGAAGCAGAUCGACAUCGACAUCGCAGAGUUGCAGAACACUCUUAACGCUUUCUCAAACAUGACUGAGAUGUUGGAGAAGAACCAGUUCAUCCUGCAGCAGAUCACCACGCUCUCCAACCUCAUGAUGAACCUCUCGUCCUGCGUCAACUUCGACCGCCACCGCGGCUUCAACUCCACCGAGGAGCUCAACAAACAGGCUGAGAAGCUGGCUCAAAACCGUGAACUCUACGCUAGUAUCAUUUUCAAGCUGCCCACAGGCAACUCGUCCUCUCCUCUUCCUCCUAAAGUGGACUACACCAUCCGCAUGAGCAUCGACAACUCCAUGAGGACCGAUCGCGCUCGCAACCCUUACUGGGUGAGGGCGUCCUACAUCUCGUCGGUAUUGACGCAGCGCUACAACCGCGGCUUCAUCUACCUGCAGGAGAGCAUCGAGCGGGCCAUCAUCGGCAUGCAGACCGGAACUGUGGUGAAGGAGCCGGCCGUGCAGAUCCAAGCCUUCCCCUACCCCUGCUUCUACAAGGACGAGUAUCUCAACAGCAUUGCCUUUGCCUUCCCGCUUGUCCUGAUGAUCAGCUGGGUGCUCUUUGUUGCUGACUUUGUCAAGAAACUCGUUCAUGAGAGAGAGCUCCGUCUGCAUGAGUACAUGAAGAUGAUGGGCGUGAAUCCGUUCAGCCAUUUCCUGGCCUGGUUCAUCGAGAGCGCCAUGUUCCUCAUGGUCACUGUUAUCAUAAUGACCAUCAUCCUUAAGUCCAGCGGCAUUCUCCCGAAGAGUGACACCUUCAUUCUGUUCCUCUACCUGACCGACUAUGCUCUGAGCAUCCUGGCUGUCAGCUUCCUCGUCAGCUCCUUCUUCGACAGGACCAAUGUCGCCGGGUUGAGCGGCAGCCUCAUCUAUGUCAUCUGCUUCUUCCCCUUUAUUGUUGUCCUGUGUCUGGAGGACAACCUCUCUGCUUUCAUCAAAAACGUGCUGAGCCUGUUUUCUCCAACAUGCUUCAGUUAUGCCAGUCAGUACAUCACUCGUUAUGAGAAACAGGAAAAAGGAAUCCAGUGGAACAACAUGUACAUUUCUCCAGUGCCCGGAGACUCUGCAUCAUUUGGGUGGCUCUGCUGGCUCCUCCUGAUCGACUCGGUUAUUUAUUUCCUGCUUGGCACCUACAUCCGCAUGGUGUUCCCAGGAAAGUACGGUAUUGCUGCUCCGUGGUAUUUCCCGGUGAUGCCGUCAUUCUGGGCUGAGGCUUUCGGCUUCAGUAAAUGGUCACGGAAGAAGGCUGGCAGAGGACUCCUCUUCUCCAACAUGAUGCAGGAGAACCAGAGAAAUGGCAAAGACAAAAGCAAAGGUCUAGGUGAUUUACACCCUCAUGGUGAUGAGGAAUUCCCAGAGCUUCCAGUUGGCGUUUCUCUGCAAGGCCUGACGAAGACCUAUGGCAAAAGGAAUGCCAUUGAGAACCUGAACCUGGCAUUCUAUGAGGGUCAUGUUACUGCACUGCUUGGGCAUAACGGAGCUGGAAAAACUACCACAAUGUCCCUCCUGACUGGGUUGUUUGCUCCCUCCUCUGGAACGAUAGAGGUGUACGGGAAAGACAUGCAGGUGUCUACAAAGGCUGUGCGUAAAGAGCUGGGGGUGUGCAUGCAGUAUGAUGUCCACUUCGAUCACCUGACCACUGAGGAGCACUUGCUGCUUUACGGUCACAUCAAAGCCCCCCACUGGAGCAAGCAAGAACUGAAGGAGCAAGUGCGCAAGAUCCUGGAAGAGACGGGCAUGUAUGCUCACCGUCACAAGAGGGUGGGGACGCUGUCCGGCGGUAUGAAAAGGAGGCUUUCCAUUUCCAUCGCUUUUAUCGGAGGCUCUCGGUUGGUGGUCCUGGACGAACCAACCACUGGCGUCGACCCCUGCUCACGGCGCAGCAUCUGGGACAUCGUCCUCCAGCACAAGAGUGAUCGUACCAUCAUCCUGUCCACCCAUCACCUGGAUGAAGCUGAGGUCCUCAGUGAUCGCAUCGCAUUCCUGGAGCGCGGAGGCCUGAAGUGCUGUGGUUCUCCGUUCUACCUGAAGGAUAAGCUGGCCCGUGGAUACAAGCUCACUUUAACGAAGAAGGUCCUACCUCCUGACUCAGAGGACAAGUUUGACAUUAAGAAAGUGAAAGAGUUCAUCCAAUCCCACCUGCCUGAGGCUCAACUGAAGGAGGGAGAAGUGGGAGAUAUCACCUACUCUCUACCUGUCUACAAUUCCCAUAAUGCAUCUGCCUACCGCUCGCUGCUCAGCGGGCUGGACCGGAACCUGGAGGCACUACAGCUGGGCUGCUACGGCAUCUCUGACACGACUCUAGAGGAGGUUUUCCUGCACUUGACGAGGGACAAUUUGGACAAUGAAGAGAUGGAGAAUCGCCCAUAUACAGUCUCAAACCCUGAGCUGGACAUAAGUGCUUCCCGAGACAGUCUAAGUGACGACCUGAACUCCAGCAUGAACUUCGGAGAGAAAGCCAGUCUCACAGGAAACUCCACAGUCAGCGGUUUGGCACUAAUGGCUCAGCAAGUGAUGGCCGUGCUCAUCAAACGUGUUCAUCACACCAGGAGGAACUGGAAAGGUCUGAUCUCUCAGGUCCUGCUACCGGUGGUGUUCGUCCUUGCCGCCAUGGGCCUCGGCUCCAUCAAGAGCGACCUGCAGCACUUCCCUGAGAUGGAGCUGACGCCUGCUAUGUACGACUCCGGGAAACAGUACUCCUUCUUCAGUAUCCAGAACUCCAGCUCCAGUAACCUGUUGGACACCAUGAUGACAUAUGGCAUAGAUAGCUCCUGCCUGAAUCACCCUGACAGCACAACGUGUCAGAACAAAGGCCCAUCCAUAUCAGAUCAGUGGACCUCUCAAGGAAAUCCUGUAUCUGUGUUUGAGGAAUGUAAAUGUGCAGACUUUUCACAGACAUGUCCUGCGCCUGGCUACAACCCGCCGCAUAAGACCAACCCGUCGUCUCAAAUCGUCUACAACCUGACCAACAUGAACAUCGAACGUUACCUCUUGGCUACGGCUAAUGACUUCAUCCGAGACAGGUAUGGAGGCUGGUCCUUUGGGAGCCCCCUUCCCAGCAAUCUCCAAAUGGACAUUUUGGAGGUGCCCAAGAACAGGACGUUAACCAAGGUGUGGUAUAACCCCGAAGGCCAUCACACGAUGCCGGCGUACGUCAACAGCCUCAACAACUUCAUCCUGCGCUCCAAGAUCCCAGCAAGCCAACAGCCACAGCAGUACGCAAUCUCUGUGUCCAGCCAUCCCUACCCUGGCCAGGUGGAAGAAGAGGAUGCAAUACUUCGCAACAUGGUGAACAUUCUGGUGGGGCUCUGCGUCCUCACCGGCUUCUCCAUCAUGACAGCCAGCUUUGUGAUCUACGAGGUUCAGGAGCAUCACACCGGCUCCAAGAUGCUGCAGCACAUAUCAGGCAUCAGCGAACCUUUCUACUGGAUCAUCAACUUCUUCUACGAUAUGGCCCUGUACAUGGUUCCUGUUGUUCUCACCAUCAUCGUGAUCGCAAUCUUCCACCUUCCUGCCUUCACUGACAGACUCAACCUGGGUGCUGUCUCGCUGCUCCUCACGCUCUUUGGCUUCGCCACCUUCCCCUGGAUGUACCUCAUGUCAGCUAUGUUCAAAGACACAGAGAAGGCUUUCAUCAGCUACGUGUGCAUCAACCUCUUCCUCAGCAUGAACACCAUCAUCUCCACGUCCAUCGUGUACUUCCUGAAAGAAGUUAACCCGAAUGAGAAAAUGAACGAGGCAUACCGCAUCAUGAGCAACAUCUUCCUGAUCUUCCCUCAGUUCAGUUUUGGGAACGGGCUGAUGGAGCUGGCCCGGGUGGACCUACAGGUCCAGAUCUUGAGCUCGUACGGAGUGGACGCCUAUAAGGACCCGUUCAGCAUGGAUGUCCUGGGAUGGAUGUUCAUCUCGCUGUUCCUGCAGGGGUUCAUCUGCUUCACUCUGCGGCUGCUGAUGAACAAGAGUCUUUUCCGCCGACUCAGGCGGUUGUGGACACGCCUGCUCUCGGUGCCUCAGACAGGAAGUUGGGGUCAGGAUGUGGAUGAAGACGUGUUGGCCGAACGCCAACGUGUCGACAGUGGAGCUGCCGGUUCAGAUCUGCUGCAGGUCAGUCAGCUCACCAAGGUCUACCGCCAUCUGAACCGCCGCGUGCAGGCCGUCAACAAGCUGUCCUUCGGCAUACCAGCGGGAGAGUGUUUUGGGCUUUUGGGAGUCAAUGGCGCAGGAAAGACCACAACGUUUAAGAUGCUAACAGGAGACAUCAGUCCAACACACGGCUCAGCACAAGUGCUCGAUUGGGACGGGAGGAUGGUUGACAUCAUGGACUGCAGGACGGAGGGGAUAAAUAUCGGCUACUGCCCUCAGGUGGACGCUCUGGAUGACCUGCUGACGGGAGAAGAGCAUCUGUACUUCUACGCUCGAAUCAGGGGCAUCUGCAAGAGAGAGAUUGAUCAGGUGGUGAACUAUCUCCUGAAGAAGCUGCAGCUGAGCUAUCACAGGCAGAUCAUCAGCGGACGCUACAGCUGUGGAACGCGCCGUAAACUGUCGACAGCCCUGGCUCUGAUUGGACAGCCACAGAUCCUGCUCCUGGACGAGCCGAGCUCGGGAAUGGACCCGCGCUCCAAACGCCACCUCUGGAAGAUCAUCUCUGAGGAAGUGAUGGGAAAAAGCGCCGUGGUUCUCACAUCGCACAGUAUGGAGGAGUGUGAGGCUCUGUGCACUCGGCUUGCCAUCAUGGUUCAAGGCCAGUUCAGAUGUUUAGGCUCCUUACAGCACAUCAAGAACAGGUUCGGCAGCGGCUUCACGGUGAAGAUGUACCUGAGAUCGAGUUCCUGUGACGUAGACACCAUCACCACGUUCAUGCAGAGGCAGUUCCCCAGCACAUACCUCAAGGACCAUCACUCGUCCAUGGUGGAGUACCACGUUCCCGUAGCUCCCGGAGGUGUGGCUGAUAUUUUUGACCAGCUAGAGACCAACAAGACGGCGCUGCAGAUUAAACACUUUUCCGUCAGCCAGACCACCCUGGAUGAGGUCUUCAUUAACUUUGCUAUGGAAAAGGUCGGCGAAGACACACAGGAUGACAGCGAGGCCUCAGAUGUGGACAGACCUGACACUGAAAUGCAGUGAAAUGAAGAAGUAUCGAGGAACUCUAGAGGAUUCUCCAACGUUACUGUAAUUUUUCUGAAGAUAUUUAACUUAAAAAAGUUAUUACAUUUUAUUUUUAUGGAAUAAUGAAGUAUCUAAGGCACGUUGAUAAGACUGACUUAUUUAUAUAAAAAAAACAUAAAUGAUAAAAAUCCGUUUUCAUGUCAUAAUGAUCUUCUUCUCCUUUAAAAUAAUCCCAUUACUACAUCUUUCACAAAGUAUGUGAUUUAAUCAUCCAUUACCUCUACAGUUUCAUGAGCACAGCUAGGCAAAUUCAAUGUCAUUAAGAUUCAUUAUGAUAAAUGAAUAUUUUUAAAAUAUUAUUAUAAGUGUUUUUUUAUUUCUUUAUGGUAGCUCUUUCUAAGAAGGCCUUUUUCUAUAAUGAUUUAUUAACAAUAUUAACUAAUUAAUAACCCUAUAAUAUUUUUGUAGUUAAUAUAAAUAUAGCUAAAAUAUUUUAUUUAUAUUAAAAAACAGCUUUGGACUUUAUACUGUAUAUCUAUUAGGUUUUAUGAAUUUUUAUUAUAUAAGGACAUAAGACUAAUGGCUUGUACCUUGUAUGCAUUAUAAUUCAUUAUAAACACAUUUUUCUCAAUUUUGUGCAUUUCCUGAACUCAUCAGAACUUAACAGAAUGUACCAAUGUUUGUACAUAAUCAUAUGAGAUUUAGGUAAAGUUCAUUUGUCCAAAACAGGAUUGGGUGCCUUUUUUUUUUUUGAAGGUAAUAUACUUUUACAAUAGACUUUGAAAUACUUUCCAAAAGUAAGAGAUGUGGGGAAAAUGGAUUUAAAGAUGUAUCACAAUUAUUUUGCCAAUUCUUGUCUCAAACUGUCCCCAUAAUUAUUUUUUUUUCAUAGGUUUUUUAAAAUUUAUAUAUGUUUGCAUUUGAGGUGGUAAAAUAUUACCAUUCCUCUCUUGCAGGUCCUCUAAACUAUUAACACAGCACAGCUAAGCUUGUUUAUAAUAUGAAAUGAAAUAUUAUUAUAAUUAUAUAAUAAUAAAAAUAAAAAUAUAAAAUCCAAAUUCUUCCAAAAACACAAUACAAAUAAAAUAUUAUGAUAAAACCGUAUCAGGAGGCUCCUGGUGUUUCUAAUCCCUAUAAUGCAUUGAAGUUGAGAUCAUAAGAAGCGUAUGUAACACAUUAUAGUCAUCAA